AUGCCGGGGUUUGGCCGGGGCAGGGCGGCGGAGGGCCCGUCUGGACAACCUCCUCUGGAUACCUGUCUGCGGGAGGACGGUCGUGCAGCAAUGACACUCGGUCCCUGUCUGGCCACCCGGCACGGCACAGGGGGGCCGGACAUCGCGGUGCUGCCCCUUUCCUUGAUGCCAGCCAUGCUCCUCCUCCUCCUGCUGCUUCACACCCCCACCGGCACCACCUCUGAGCCCGAGCUGUUGCAAUUCCCAGCAGAUGAAGGGAAAACCAUGUCCCACCACCAGUGUGUUUGUCACCUCCUGGCCCGUUGCGUGCUGAGGGACCUCUCUCUGCCCAUCCUCCCAGAGAUCCGCCUCUCCAACGGGCCCAGCCGGUGCCAGGGGCGGGUGGAGAUCCUCUACAACGGCUCUUGGGGGACGGUCUGUGACGAUGACUGGGACAUCGUGGACGCCAACGUGGUGUGUCGCCAGCUGGGCUGCGGCCACGCCAUCACCCUCCCGGCCGCCAUGACCUUCGGCCAGGGGAAGGGGCCCAUCUUCCUGGACAACGUGGACUGCAAGGGCUGGGAGGCAGCUCUGAGCGAGUGCUGGAGCCACGGCUGGGGCAUCCACAACUGCUACCACUACGAGGACGUGGCUGUCGUGUGCAAUGAGUUCUCACCCACACAAGCCAGCGAAGGACCAACCACCAGGACCCUCACAGCCUCGGUACAGGAUGGGGAAAGUGACGGCAGCAUCCGUCUGGUGAGCGGGCCCGACACCUGCCAGGGCCGGGUGGAGAUCUUCUACCGCGGGAACUGGGGCACCGUCUGCGACGACGACUGGGGCCUGAGCGAUGCCAGCGUGGUCUGCAAGCAGCUGGGCUGUGGGCAGGCCCUGGAUUACAAGAGCAAUGCCUACUUUGGCUAUGGGACAGGGCGCAUCCUCCUGGACAACGUCAACUGUGAUGGCAGCGAGCCUUUCCUCUCCGCCUGCUACAGCCUCGGCUGGGGCAUCCACAACUGCGGCCACCACGAGGACGCCGGGGUCAUCUGCGCAGGGCUGGACACGUCCACCAUCACAUCAUUUACCACCUCGGUGGCUCUGGACUCUGAGGAGACAGUCACAGCCACGGCCACAGUGACAGAUGGCAGGGACCAGCCGUCCCAGGCCACCGACGUGGUCACCACCAUGCUCCUGACUGUCGAGCAGGAAAGUGGCGGCGUGCGGCUGGCGAACGGCAACGGGAGCUGCCGCGGGCGGGUGGAGGUGCGGCACCGCGGCACCUGGGGCACCGUCUGCGACGACGACUGGGACUUCCCCGACGCCCAGGUGGUGUGCCGGCAGCUGGGCUGCGGGGCCGCCCUCGCCGCCACCGUCCUCGGCUCCUUCGGCUACGGCAGCGGGCCCGUCCUGCUGGAUAACGUGGGGUGCGGCGGCGGCGAGGCUCGCCUGGCCGACUGCUUCCACCUGGGCUGGGGGCAGCACAACUGCGGCCACCACGAGGACGCCGGGGUCAUUUGCCGAGGUGCUGAUGACACUGGAGAACAUUAUCAAGAAGCCACUGCUACAACCACCACGUUGGUCCCAACUCGUCCCAGGGAGGGGUCCCUGCGGCUGGUGAAUGGCAGCCACCGGUGCGAGGGGCGCGUGGAGAUGUUCUACCUGUCCCAGUGGGGGACGGUGUGCGACGACGCCUGGGACCUGCGGGACGCCAAGGUGGUGUGCAGGCAGGUGGGCUGCGGGCACGCCGUGGCAGCCUGGGGGGAGGCCCGGUAUGGCCAGGGCACGGGCUACAUCUUCCUCGACAACCUCAAGUGCAAGGGCCACGAGCCCUCGCUGCUGCGCUGCUCCCACAUCCGCUGGGACGUCCACAACUGCGACCACUCCGAGGAUGCCGGUGCUGUCUGUGACAUCCUAUGA